AUGAUAUUAUCGCCAGCAGAGAAGGACUACUUGUACCAGUCGUUGAGCCAGCCGCAAAUCGUCAGACCGGACGCACGAGCAGUCCACCAGUAUAGACCGCUAGAGGCUACGACUUCAUUUUUGCCAGGCUCAAACGGGUCAGCACGAAUAAGACUCUCGGACGGGAGCGAGUGUAUUGUGAGCGUAAAGUCGAAAGUCGUCACUAGCGCCAAAAGCGCAAGCACAAGCACCACCGCCAGGCCUCAGUUGAUUGACGUUGAUAUCGAUAUAGUUGGGAUUCGAGAUGAUUCAAACUACGUCGCCAAUCUACGUUACCAGUUGUUGAACUUGCUCCAACAAAACUUCCCGCACGAAGCAUUGAGACUCACAUCCCGCUACGCCUUCAAGUUGUUCAUCGACUGCAUAAUCAUCAGCCAUCUGCCCUACCCGCUCGGGCUCAUCAGUUUCGCCACGUACUUGGCGUUGAAAACUACCAAAUUGCCAGCGCUAAUCAGCGACGUCAACGACGAGGAAGUGGCCGAAUUGCCCACGUUUUCCGAUGACUGGGACAAUGCGCAGCUGGUGGAAGAAUUGAUGCGCGAAAAGCAGCUUGGGUCUAGUUUCCAGCCUCCCAUAUUGAUAACGAUUGGCAUCAUUGGCGACAAUCUAAUUUUCGACCCGUCGAUUGAGGAAGAACAAGUGUUGGAAAAUGGAAUCAUUGUGAGUUUUUACAAUGGGAAAGUCAUCACUCCCGUCAUGAACACGAGUUUCUCAAGUGGUGGGUUCAAGGGGUUCAACAAGAGUUUGAUCUUAAAGUCGGUAUCGCUAUGUAACAAAUAUUGUCCGCUGAUCACCAAAGCGUUGGAUACUUUGGUCAACCAGGAUGGUGAAGGUGCCGAAGGAUCUAUAUUUUAG